GCUUAUGUAAUACUUGGACGACGCCUAAUUACUGAAUUAAUUAUGUUUUGUUAUUCUUUAUUAUUCGUGGCAAACUGAUGAAUAAAGUCGCUUCAUUACUACUAUGCAUUUUGAGCAACGCAUUUUAUUUCCAAACCUGUGAACCACUUGAUAUCUUCAAUAUCAAAGUUAUUAAUAGUAAUUAAAAGACAUUUUAAAUUUAUCAUUAUUUCCUAGUGGUAGCGAUGUCCUUGCGAGAGAUUCCAGUCCCAAUCUUAAACCGGAAGAUAUAGGAGAGCCCUGCAUGGAAGUAACCCUGAACGCCGGAGACCUCUUGUACUUUCCCAGAGGCACCAUCCACGAAGGUAGGACCGACGAAGAAGCCCACUCGCUACACAUAACAGUUUCCGUUUAUCAACACAACUCGUACGCCGAUUUAUUGGAGCAUGUCUUGCCAGCCGCUCUGAAAAAAGCAGCAGCAGAAGAUCUGGAAUUCAGGAAAGGUCUACCGCUGAAUUUCUUGAAGCACACAGGGCACGUCAACAGAAAAGCAAAAUCUCAGAAAAGGUCGGCGAUAAAGGCUAACGUACAGAAGUUGAUGAAAAGCCUUUCGAAACACGUGGAUAUCGAUCAGGCAGCAGAUCAGCUUGGUAGGAAGUUCAUGUACGAUUCCUUGCCCCCUGUACUCUCCAAACAGGAAGUAAACUAUACUUCCAAGUACGACGGGGAUUUUAUGAAAGACGGAAAGGUGUUUAACAGGGUCGAAAUAGGCAUGGAUACGGAGGUCAGACUUGUCAGGUACCAUUGCCUUCGCUUGGUGAUGGAGGGUGACAUUCCGAAGAUCUACUACAACACGGAAAACGCCAAGGUGUACCACGGGGAGGAAGAACAGGUCCUGACGAUAGAUCGCAAUAUGAUACCCUGCGUGAAGAAGCUGCAGAAUAGUUACCCAAAGUUCAUUCAAGUGGAAGAUUUGCUCGGGGAAGAUUCUCUGGCCAAAGCACAGUUAGUUUCUGAUUUCUGGGAACGGGGGCUUCUGGUUACCAACGGGCCUCUACUUUCUGUGUCUGAAGAGGAAAAUGAAGAGGCAGACAAGAUGAGUGAGAGUAGUUUGUCAGAUUAUAGUUUUGAUUUGUAAAUAAAUAUAUGCGCUCAUA